AUCUCUCAGCUACCAUAAAAGAAAGAAUUCACUAGAUUUACAAUCCUACCCCUGCAACUUUCACUCAAUCCACAACCAAAGAAUGAGCGUUUAAGUCAUUUCCUAUCCACCCAUUCUCCACCACAAUCCAAUUCCACAUACUUAAAUGACUAAAACACUCCUAGCAUUUGCCGCAUCUCUCCCAAAUCUCAAGGAUAACAUCGUAAAUCCAUCAACCUCCUCCCUCCACGUCUUGUCCUGCAACUUCGCUUCACUUACUCCUCCGCCAUUUCUGAACCUUUUCCCAAUCUCUCUCUCUCCUCCAUGGCUUUGCAUUUCUCUCUCUCCCCGCCGUCGGUCAGAUCGUCGCCGUCGUUUCCCUGCAGUGGAAGGCAGCCGAUCCCCGCACUUUCCGACUCGAAGAGUGGCUGCUUCAGUUCGAGGAGCUUGAGUGUCUCUAGUAGCAGAAGCAUUGGUGUUUCCGGUGGGAAUCGGUCCUUCAAGGUCAAUUCAAGCUUGGAGACUGCCGGCGCUACUGUUGGCAAAGUCACUGAGGUCAACAAGGACACUUUCUGGCCCAUUGUCAAUGCCGCCGGUGAUAAAACCGUUGUGCUCGACAUGUACACCCAAUGGUGUGGACCCUGCAAAGUGAUGGCCCCCAAAUUUCAAGACUUGUCUGAGAAAUAUCUUGACGUUGUCUUUCUAAAGCUUGAUUGCAACCAAGACAAUAAGCCAUUGGCAAAGGAACUUGGGAUAAAAGUGGUGCCAACUUUCAAAAUUCUAAAAGAUAAGAAGGUCGUUAAAGAAGUAACUGGAGCAAAGUUCGAUGAUUUGGUUCAUGCCAUUGAUACUGUAAGAUCCAGCUGAAAACUCUCCUCUCUUCUCUUCUUUGUAAAUUUAAAUAAUAUGAUGCAAGGAAGAGUAUGCAGGGCAGUAUUUAAUUUACUCUAUUAGUUUAAUGAUUUUGUGUACUGCUAAAUGUUAAGGAAGAAGCAAUUCGACCCUGGGAAAUGAUUCUGUAUAUAAAAAUAUUUGGGACAUAGACAUUUGAACGUGUACAAUGACAGUUUCUACACAUUCCAAAAAUUAUUUUGAUA